UUUUUUUUUUACAAAAACAUAAUAAUUACACAUAAAGACAUAUCAAGAUAUGUUCAUUGUUUAUAUAUUACAGUUCCUGCUCUUUAUACAUGCUGCACGAUCGGCGCUUUUAACUCCGAAUCAACAAUCAAAAAUUGCAAAUCAAUCAUCUAUAGCAUCGACAGACAACCAAAAACCUGUAUAUAAAAUAGGAAUCAUAUUUCCAAAUGCAACCGCGGUGAAGAAAGAUGAUGCAAACUUAGCAAAUAUGAUUUUGUCAAGUGAAGUAGCCAUUCAACUUGCUGCAGAUAAUAUUAAAAGCAACAUUUUAACAGAUGUGGAAUUGAAAUUUACGAGAUAUUAUUCUGAUCAGAGCAGCCCAGGAAAAACAUCAUGGACAGCUGUUUCAAUGAUAGAAGAUGGAGUCGAGUAAUUAUCAGCAAUGUUUGAUUUGUUUUAUGUAUUGAAAUUUUUUUUUAGUGCUGUUAUAGGCGACAUGGUAUCUGAAAUGACAGAAGCUUCCGCAUCACUGACAGGCCUAUGGCAGAUACCCCAAUGUUCUUGUGCUUCAGCUUCUUUAACCCUUUCAGACAAAAAACAGUAUCCAUAUUUUUUUAGAACGGCCGGCAGCGCUGUUCUUUUCGGCGAAUCGCUUGUUGAUUGGGUAAACAAUAUGAAAUGGGAUAUGUUUGCUCUAGUCUAUACUAACGACUUGAUUGGACAACAAGGUAACAGU